GAGAUGGCAGCUGCGGAGACUCAGCUCUACGCCAAGGUCUCCAACAAGCACAAGGGCCGCGGCACCACCUCACUCCUGGACCCCCUCCUGGGAAUGGGCUUCCCGGCACACACAGCGCUGAAGGCGUUGGCAGCUACGGGAAGAAAGACAGCGGAGGAGGCAUGUGAUUGGCUACGUUGUCAUCGCAACGACCCAUCUCUGGACGACCCCAUCCCCCAGGAGUACGCCCUCUUCCUCUGCCCCACGGGAUCCCUGCUGGAAAAGCUGCAGGAGUUCUGGAGGGAGAGCAAGCGUCAGUGCACGAAGAACCGAGCCCACGAGGUCUUCCCUCACAUAACGCUCUGUGACUUCUUCACGUGCGAAGACCACAAGGUCGAGUGUCUGUAUGAGGCUCUGAAGAGAGCUGGGGACAGGAUCCUGGGUUCCUUCCCCUCGGUGGUCCCUCUGGUCCUGCACUCUUCCGUCAGCUAUCUGGGCUUCUUCGUGAACGACAGCCCCGCAGACGUCAUCCGGGAACUCGCCCUGACGUUCGCCACGGAAGCCUCUGUCUUAGCAGACUGCACUGUGAAGCCUUGCACCAAGCAGCUGCAUCUGACCUUGGCCCACAAGUUCUACCCCCACCACCAGAGGACGCUGGAGGAGCUGGCCAGAGCCAUCCACCCGGGUCACAGCUGCCAGUGGACCGCCGCGCUCUACUCCCGAGAUAUGCGCUUUGUACACUACCAGACCCUCAGGGCCCUCUUCCAGUACAAACCUCAGAACGUGGACGAGCUGACACUAAGCCCCGGCGACUACAUCUUCGUGGACCCCACUCAGCAGGAGGAAGCCAGCGAGGGCUGGGUGAUUGGGAUCUCCCAGCGGACGGGCUGCCAGGGCUUCCUGCCUGAGAACUACACAGAGCCAGCCAGCGAGUCUGACACCUGGGUUAAGCACAGGACUUACACCUUCAGCCUGGCCAUGGACCUGAUGUCCAGAAAGGACGGUGAGGCCAGCAGCCGGCAAAACGGGGAACCCCACCCUUCACAGACAUCAAGGGACAUUAGCAGCAUCCAGGCUUUACAGGCCACGAUAGCGAGAAGGAGUGUUUUGGUGGUGCGCCAUGGGGAGAGAGUGGACCAAAUCUUCGGGAAGUCGUGGCUACAGCAGUGCUCUACUCCGGAUGGGAAAUACUACCGGCCAGACCUCAACUUCCCUUACAGUCUGCCCAGAAGGAGAAACGGAAUCAAAGACUUUGAGAACGACCCACCCUUAUCAUCUUGCGGAAUAUUCCAGUCCAGGAUGGCAGGGGAAGCGCUACUGGACAGUGGCAUCAGAGUCACCUCCGUCUUCACCUCCCCGGCCCUCCGCUGUGUGCAGACAGCCAGACACAUCCUGGAAGAGCUCAAACUGGAGAAAAGAAUCAAGAUAAGAGUGGAACCCGGGAUCUUCGAGUGGACGAAGUGGGAGUCCGGCAAAACCACCCCGGCUCUCAUGACCCCAGACGAGCUGAAAGAGGCGAAUUUCAACGUCAGCACGGAGUACAGGCCUGCGUUUCCCCUCGCCUCCCUCCUGCCGGCCGAGAGUUACGACGAGUACGUGGAAAGGUGUGCGGUGAGCGUGGGACGGAUUAUUAGCGCCUGCCCGCGGGAUGCGGGCGUCAUCCUGAUUGUGAGCCACAGCUCGGCACUGGACUCCUGCACACGCCCGCUCCUUGGGCUGCCGCCCCGGGACAGUGGAGACUUCGCCCAGUUAGUGAGAAAGGUUCCUUCCCUGGGCAUGUGCUUCUGUGAGGAGAACCGAGAGGAAGGCAAGUGGGAACUGGUGAGCCCUCCCGUGAAGACGCUGACCCACGGCUCAAACUCGGCAUUUAACUGGCGGAACUGGCUCCCAGGCAGCUAGGAGCCACGCUCCCGUGUCCUCCGUGCCCCCCAUGGGAGGUGUAGAUGCACGAGAUGCACUUUUGGACCCCUGGAUGUUGGCCAUCUGCUGUCGCCUGUGCAGCGGCCACCGGUGGACCAUUACCCCACCCAUGCAGCCCUAGUAACAUGUGAACCCACCGCGUGGCCCGGAUGGAAGGAGCCAUGGGGACCCACCAUGGAGCACUGGAAGGAUGCACCCACUUUGUUUCCUGUGUUCUGAUGCGUCGGGUUCCCCGCCCUGUUCCUAGUUCCAUCCCAGUCACUUUGUGGCUCU